UGCAGCCCCCGCCGCACGAUGGAGCCGCGCUGCCCUGCCUGGCUGCAGCUGUGCCCGCGGCCGUGCCGGCUGCUGCUGCAGGCUCUGAGCUCGGGCCCCGCCGGGGCCGUGGCCGCGCUGCGGGUGCUGCAGCGGCGCCAGCCCUGCCAGGGCCCGGGGCAGGCGUUCCCCUGGCAGGCUCUCACCGCAGCCCUGUGCGCCCAGGAGCCCACGCUGGAGGGGCCCAAGGACACCCUGGUUGUCAAGCCACGGCUGCUGCUGCUGCCUGUUUUGUGCCAGAGAAACUUCUUCUCCCUGCUGCUCGUGGUGCAGGAUGCAGUGCCAGGGGACUGCCUUCACCAGCUGCUGCAGGCCUUGGAGCAGCAUUCCCAUGUGGAUCCCUGGGUGCAGACCCUGAGGGAUCUGCUGCAGCAGCGACCGAGGGCAGAGGAGGGCUCCCCACUUCCCACUGUCCUGACUUCCACAUGCCAGCAGCAGCUUAGGGGCCUGUGCCAGAAAAUUGCCCAGAAGAACCCAGAGGGGCAAAGAAAAUUGAACUGGUGCUUCAGCAAGCAGCCUGGUGGCCCUGCCUCUGUGCCUCAAGGUGGGAAACGCAAGAAAGUGCUGGAGGAGAGCCUGGAGUUGGACACUGAGAGAGAGGGGAAGAGGUUGCUGCUGGAGGAGGUGGCAUCUGAGCCCCUGGGCCCCCAGGAAUGUAGAGAUGUGGCAGGGGUGGAAGAGGAGGUGCCUAAGGAGCCUUCAGGGCACACAUCUACUCAGAGCACAGACAAGGCUGCUGCAGACAGCUCCCAGCAGGAUGCAGCUGGGGAGCUCAGGAGGAUUUCCCAGACAGAGCUGGCAGCAGAGGUGCAGUCCUUUGUCCAGAUGCAUGGACAGGGGCUGAAAAUGCUGCUGCUGCAGGAGUCCAGUCACUCCGAGCUGUGCACCCCACCCGAGCUGAGCAUCCUGAGCAGCUGCUCCCCCAGCCAGCUCGAGGGGCUGUGCUCCUUCCUCCAGCUCUCCACGUGCCCAGAGCCCUUCCUGGUGCGUUUCUGCAGCUGGCUGCUGGCCCUGAGCCCUGAGCUCAGCUACACCAGUGCAGCUGUCCUGGCAGAGCAGCUCUUCCUCAGGCGAGUCCUGUCCCUCACCCAGCCGCCUUCCCGACACCUCAUGGCUGCCCUCACUUCCUUCUGCUCCAAGUAUUCCCAUCCCUUCUGCCGUGUGCUGGUGGCUGCAGUGCUGCAGGAGCCAGGGGAAGGGGCUGAGCAGACCAAGCUGAUGUGCGAGCUCGUGGAGGAGUGCCUGGAGCCACACUCUGUGCAGCUGGUGCUAAGCCAAGUCCUGGAGGUGCCUUUGUCAGAGAAACUCCUGCCAGUGCUGCAGGCUGUGCUGGGCCGGCAGGAGGUGCUGCCCCCUGAGCUCUUGGAUCUCCUGGUGCUGACUCUGUGCCAGCAGGCUCCAGCCUUCACCACGUCCCUGAGCUUUGCCAAGCUGGUGACAGCCGUGCUCACGGUGUGCCAGAGCCAGGUCAGCCCAGCUCAGAGGAGCAGCCUGGCUGCUGUCCUGGAUCGGAGCAGUGCAGCUCUGAAGAAAUCGCUGCAGGCUGUGCUGGAAGGGGCCAGGUGAGGUGGGGACAGGGGGUCCCUGUUGUCAGGCAAAUUAAUCCACAAACACCAGAGGUUUAUGUCCAAAAAGGAGGCAGAGGAGUCCUUUUUCUUUAUUCAAAUAAAGGGAGAGGCCAUGGGCCAUUCCCCUGGUGUCUCUUGAAUUUUUGGAGGAUGCAGACUCCUUUUUAUCCCAAUUUCUCUGCCACAUUUCCCUCUCUCUUUCCCCAUGGGCUGAGGUACUUGAGAGGCUUCCCAGAACACCUGAUACCUGAGAUUCCCCUCUAAUGUACAACCCUCCCUUUUAAUUUUCAAUUCUUAUAGAAAUUAUAGUUUAUCCCCAUUGUUUCUUUCAUCUUUUAAUAUCCAGUUUCAUUUAUCAGCAAACCUACAGUUUGUAAAGGUAGAUAUAUUUUUUUUUUCCAUUUAUCAGUCAGUAGAAUCUUUCCCAUUGUUUCUUUUAUCUACCAGCAGACCCACAGCUUGUUUGUAAAGAUAAAUCCCUCAUUCCUCAUGUCAUGGGGGAUGGCAGGCUCUGCACCCUGGGCAGCCCCAGGGGUGGGGAACCAGGAGGUGCCAUGCCAGAGGUGUGCAGUGCUGUGGCAGGGGCUUUGCUCUUCUUGAUUUUUGUCUUUUUUCAGGUGACCAGCAGAAGGAGUGGUGAGGUGGCAGCUUCCUUGUGUGGAGGACACUCAUUGCACAGCAGCAGCCACAGCCACCCCUCCCUGGGUUCUGUUCCCACAGGGUGUCCUGGCAGCACCUGGUGUGAGGGGCUCUUGCUGGGCAGUGCCACUCCAGCCCCCCACACUCCCUGGGGCUCAGAGGGGUCUUGGUUGAACAAUUAAUGUGUUUCCAGGUGUUUCUGUAUCUGCUCACUCAACAAGGUGACCUGGCAGGGCUGUGGGGGCCAGGCAGGACUCAACCCAUGCAGGACUUCCAGGUCCUGAGUUCUUGCCCAGAACACAUCACUGAACCAGGACAGACAUUGAUUUGAGGCUGCAUGAAGUUGAUAAUUCUGGACUUAGUUCACUAUCUUGAUUUUUACCUCAGCUCAUUCCAAGCCACAUCCACAUUCCUCCCCAACAGCCAAGCUGGUUUGGCAGUGGUGCAGGCUGGGCUGCUGCUUUAUGUAUCUGAUCUGCUGGGAUUUACAGAUCUCUGGUGCAGGAGUGUGGCAUUUAGCUGAAUUCCAGCCGAAUUUAGCUGGAAAAUGUGAGUGUUCUGCUUUAAACCCACCUUUCUUUCCUGUUUGCCUGGCCUGUGAGGGGCCCUGCUGUGUGUGACACAUUUCUGGUGAUUAUGACACUACUCAUUGCCCUAUUAGAAAAUGCUUGUGUGGCAUGUCUCUGCUCAAAGUUCUAUCCUGUAUUCUUGAAAGCACCCACUGGAAACCUCAUCUAGGCACCUCCUGGCUGAGAACUGAAAAGUUUGGGAGAGUGAAGACUGGGGCAGGUAGAGCUAGGGUUUCAAUGGAAGUUUUGAAGCAUUGCAUACUUGAGCUAUUUAAAAAUCCAUAAACAUCUACAAAGGGAGAAGGAGAAUUAACAACAUGCAGGUGUGACGUGUGACUGCUCCAGGUUUGCUCAGUAAUGUUUAGAUCCCAGCCAGAGGAAGGAAACUCUGAAGCAUUAGGUGACAUUAGCUAUUAAGGCUGAGAGCACAGAUUUCUUUAUAUAAGAAUCUCCUGAGCUAUUUUAGGUGACAGUGGUCUGAUGAGGCUUCAAAGUCCCGCAUUAGCUGGAGGAUAGAAACCUCCAGGGAGCCAGAUUGUUGAUGUGUUUGCAUUCCAGUGAGUUAGUGGCUGAGAAUAGUGAAGCUAUUGUAGGGCUGCCCAAAAUAUGACAUAAAUAGAAAUUGUGCCAUGAUCAUCAAGGUCUAAGCCUGCUCUUCUGGCUUUAUUAGGUAGCAGGCUCUGAUCUUUGCAGUUUCCCUGCAGAGCUUCUACCAAGUGACCUUGGUGUCAUUGUCCCCAGUGCUCUGUCUGGCUGUGGUCACAUGGAGAUGGCCACUGGUUUGUGGCAAGAGCCUUCUUAGCCCUGGUUUUGCUCUUGGCUGGAGCUUAUAGUGUGCUGUGGGUUCCUCUGAGGUGUUCAUGCAGAUAACAAUCGUGUAAGGAGAACUGAGAGCAAACCUUAGGGACACUGCACAUGCUUGUUUAUAUGGAGGCUGGCAGCAGCUGCACAGAAAACUUUACUUUUGACUCCUCUUGACCCUUUCAAGAACUUUAAAAUCCAUCCUGAACAGCACAGAGAGGUGCAUGCAGCAUAAAGCAUCAGUCAGAUUUUAUAGUUCAGCAGAACAUUGGCCAAGGGUGGUGGGAGUGCCAGGACUGGCUCUGUCCUUGUCCUGAUUUAAGGGUGGUGGUAGUGAAGAGAAUGGUCUGAAACUUUAUCUGAGACCUCUGCUAGGCUGGAGGUAGAAGCCAGCAUGUGAUUUUCAGCCAGUUUAUAUUUGGCAGUGGUUCCUUACCUGCUUCCUCUUCUGUUUGUUGAGUUUUACAUCAUGUUACAGAGGGAAUUCCCUUUUUGGCCUAGUAGUUCUUGGGUUUUUUUUGAAAGAAAUUCAUUAUAUGCAAUUGCAUGGGUUGUCUGUCCACUCUGCUGCUUCCACACCCUCCACAGGGAUUUUGGAACCAGUUUCAUUCCUCCACUCUUCAAGUGCCUUUGUGGGGCUGUGGUCAGGGAGCAGAGAAUUUCUUUGGGGUGAGCAGAGGUGUGGGGUCCGUGGAUGUUAAACCCCAGAUAUCAGAGCCAUGUAGGAGCCUUGGGCCAUGCAGCACCCUGUUGGAAAAGGCUGAAACUCAGUGGCUUUCCUGAAAAUGGCCUGUGUCCAUCCCCAAAGGGGCUGCCCCUCUCCAAACAGAACCUCCAGCUGGUUGUUGUGUCUGCUCUUGCAGCAGUGCCAGGGGUCACCCCACUUGUCCCUGGAGGUGACUCUGUCCAGUGACAGCCUGCUAAUCUCAUGUGUAAUUCCCAAUAUGCUGAUGCAGUUCUGCCUGGAAACCUGGGGGCUGUGACACCCAAAUGUGAGCUCAGCAGUAUUUAUUUUUUUCACUCAAGAUUUAAAACUGAAUAAAAAGAGCAAUUUUC